AUGUCUUUUCUAAGACGCCGCUUCGGCGGUGGCAGCGCUGGCGCCGGCGACGAUAGCGAGAUCUCAACACCCGACCUGUCCCGCGAGCCCUCGCCCGGACCGGACGGUAAACGACCUGCGAACCUACGCCUGAUCACCGCCGAGCAGCUCCAGACGCUGAAGAAGAAGGGCCAGCACAAGAAGCGAAGAAAUGUAUGGGUGUUUGGACUUGGAGGCCUGUUUGGGCUGCUGCUGGCCGGCUUCUUUGCCAGCAGUAACGACAUGAUUGAUCUAAGCAGUCUGGAGGGUGUCAACCUCGAGAGCAUCAUGGAAGCGCUACCGGACAACUUUGUGAAGAGUGCGCAGCAGUUGCAGAAAACAGAACGAGACGCCGUAAACUACGAUUCCUUCGCCGUCGGUCUCCAUGCGCAGAAACAAGGCAUAAAAGCCAAACAUCCCGUCAUCAUGAUUCCCGGCGUCAUCUCGACAGGUCUUGAAUCUUGGGGUACUGAAGAAAGCUCAAGACAAUACUUUCGCAAGAGGCUAUGGGGUUCGUGGACGAUGAUGCGCGCACUCGUCUUGGACAAGGUCCAGUGGAAACGGCAUAUUAUGCUCGACAAAGACACGGGUCUUGAUCCCCCAGGCGUAAAGCUACGAGCAGCCCAAGGGUUCGACGCAGCUGACUUCUUCAUAACGGGCUACUGGAUAUGGAAUAAGAUCCUCGAGAACCUCGCUACAAUAGGCUACGAUCCCGGGAAUGCCUUCACGGCGGCUUACGAUUGGCGCAUGUCAUACAUGAACUACGAGAUCCGUGAUCAGUACUUUACCCGUCUAAAGUCCCACAUCGAAGUUGCAGUGCGCGUAUCGGACAGGAAGGUCGUCCUCCUCUCGCACUCCAUGGGCUCUCAAGUACUAUACUACUUCCUACAUUGGGCGGAAGCAAAGGGAUACGGAAAUGGUGGGUCGGGUUGGGUGGAUGAAUACAUCGAUAGCUGGAUCAACAUCAGCGGAUGUAUGCUCGGCGCAUUGAAAGAUAUGCCCGCCGUCCUCUCCGGCGAGAUGAAAGACACUGCCCAACUGAACGCCUUUGCGGUCUACGGUCUGGAACGUUUCCUUUCCCGCUACGAACGCGCCGAGAUCUUCCGCGCAAUGCCCGGCUUGUCUUCCAUGCUGCCGCUUGGUGGAAACGCCGUUUGGGGCGACGAGAAUGGUGCGCCUGACGACCUACCUGGCCAGAACGUUACCUUUGGCCCCUUCAUUCGUUUCCGCAACGCCAAUUCUACCAUGACGCAAAAGAAUAUUACCGUCGACGACAGUCUGCCUUUUCUCUUCCGCAACACAGAACCCUGGUUCAAGAAGAUGAUUCAGUCAUCUUACUCCCAUGGCGUAGCGCAUACCACCAAGCAGGUUGAGGACAACCAAUUUAUCCCCGCUAAAUGGGUGAACCCUCUCGAGACGCGACUGCCGCUCGCUCCCAACUUCAAGAUCUAUUGCUUUUAUGGUAUCGGUAAAGAUACGGAGCGUGGGUACUACUACCGCAGUGAUGACGAUCCUUUGUCGGGGUUAAAUGUAACGCUCGAUACCAUGUACACCCAGGAUAAUGUUGACCACGGCGUCGUCAUGGGUGAGGGAGAUGGAACAGUCAACCUCCUUAGUUCAGGUUACAUGUGCACUAAAGGAUGGAAGAUGAAGAGAUAUAAUCCAGCCGGCGUCAAGGUCACAACGUUUGAAAUGAAACAUGAGCCUGAUCGAUUUAGCCCUCGGGGCGGUCCGAAUACUGCGGAUCACGUUGACAUUCUUGGGAGGAUGUCAUUGAACGAUUUGAUUUUGCAGGUUGCUGGUGGACGAGGUGAAUUGAUCAACGAGACUAUUCACUCUAAUAUUAGGGAGUAUGCCGAAAAGGUUAAGAUCUAUGAGGAGGAAGCGUGA